AUGGUGAGCGACGAUAUAGUCAUUUAUGGCACUAGUCUACAGGAGCACAACCGUCGACUCAUAGAGGUACUUAGUAGACUGCGCGAGAAUAAUCUGAAAUUACAACCAAAUAAAUGUGAAUUUCUUCGCAAAGAAGUAACCUACCUAGGGCAUAUAAUCACGGAAGGGGGGAUAAAACCUGACCCCGAAAAACUUAGGGCCGUGAAAGAAUUUCCGGUACCUAAGAAAGUCAAGGAUAUGCAAUCCUUCCUAGGUCUAGCCUGUUAUUACCGCAGAUUCAUGGAAAAUUUCUCAAAGAUUAAGCCAGUCAAGAGAGAUGCAUUACGAACUAUGCAGCAAAUCGCAAAACAGCAGGCACAUAAAGCAAAAACAAAUGUAAAAAUCUACGCUGACAGAAGGACGAAAAUCCGCACAUUUAAAGUAGGAGACUUAGUAUUGUCACACGACGAAACGUUACGACGAGGACGUUCGAAAAAACUAGAGGCACCAUGGGUGGGCCCGAAAUUCAUACGAGAUUACGCUAAUAUAGCUAGACCGUUACAAAAUCUGUUACGGAAAUCGGUUAAAUUUGAUUUCGACGAGAGCUGCCGCAUUGCAUUCAACACCCUCAAAGAAAGACUUAUCGCGGCACCAGUGUUGCGGCUAUAUAACCCUAAGGCCGAGAUUGAAUUGCAUACGGAUGCCAGUGCUCAUGCAUUGGCCGGUAUCUUGCUCCAAAAACAUGAAAAUGGAAAAUGGGCUCCGGUAGCAUACUUUAGCCAGUCCACUAACCAUGCGGAAGCGAAGUAUCACAGUUUCGAGCUGGAGAUGCUCGCCGUAGUUAGAUCCAUGGAACGUUUCCACAUGUAUUUGUAUGGUCUGGACUUCACAAUCGUGACAGACUGCCAUGCACUCGUGUAUGCGGUCAAUAAAGCCCAUUUAAACCCACGUAUUGCACGCUGGACUCUCUGGCUGCAGAAUUACAAGUUUAAAGUUAAACAUCGAGUGGGUUGCCGCAUGAUGCAUGUGGAUGCUCUCAGUCGUAUUUACAAACGCGCACAUGAAUGUGUAUGGAGGGAUGAAUGA